CGCAACUCCUCAAAACCUCUCCUCACUCACGGGGUGGGGGGUGCGGGACUGCGGGUGUUCAAAAGCCAAGGAAACCGCCGCGCUAGCUACUAUACUGCACGGGCACUCGACGUUGCGUUGCGUUGCGACACCGCUCCGUUCGUGGCACUUGCGCGAAACUGCAACGUCGAAAACGCGUCCACAAAUCGGCGGGCUGCGCCCAUGGACAUGCCGCCGGCGGCGCAGGGACGGAGGGCGAUCGCCGUGGUGGACCGGAAGCUUGACGAGCUCUGCGCCUGCCUCGACGACGCGAUGUCGUCCAGGCAGCGGAGCCCGUACGCGGAGGAGCGGCUCCGCGCGGAGAUCAAGUCGAGGGCCGACUUCCUUCGGUCGCUCAUGGCCGCCGAGGUGGACUGCCACGGCGGGACGCGCCCGGAGCACCUGGCUGAGGCCGAGGCGCGCUUCGCCGUCCUAGAGGCCACGUUCGAUCGGUGGGCGCGGCGCGCAGUCGCUGCACCUGAACCAGUCGUCGAGGAGAAGGAGGAGGAGGCCGACUCCUUGGGGUCCUCCCGGUCCACGUGCUCCUGCACCGAGUCGUGCCAGGAGGCGACGGAGGGGGACGCCAUGCGCGACGCCGUGGAAACACGCGGCAAGGAGGGGACGUCGGAUGGCAUCGCCGAGGACAACGACGCCGAAUGCGAGACGGUGGUAAUCCGCAGGGAGGAGGCGGCGGCGGUUCCUGUUGCCAAGAAGCGGGAUGAGGCUAUGGGAACACGCGAGGAGGUGGCGCUGGACGCCAUUGCCAAGAAGAAGGGCGAUACCGAUCGCGAUGCCGCGGCGGAGACGGGGAGGAGGACCGUAGACCAGCGGCGCUGGUGGAGGCGGAGUGCUGCCUGGUGCGGUGCAGCCGGCGUCGUCGCGUUGGUCGCGGUCGGGUUGGCGGUGGAGUUGGUCGCGGUGGCUGACCACGAUGUGAAUGCUUACGUUGUUCCGACGUAGAAAAGACACCAAAAAGUACUAGAUCAGGCAAGUUUUAAACUUUUAUCUUGGUAGUAUAACUCUUCGCUGUUCGUGCAGACGUCUUCUUGUACUCUUGCUUUGCUGCAAAACUUGAUUCGAC